AUAUAAGGCACACGCACCUCAACACACUGCAAUUCGCAACAGCAAAUGCGCCAGCGAGCACAGCCAGCACGCACCACAUCACUCACUCUCCGUCCCCGACUCCCCUACCAGCUUCUCCUGGUAGCCCCCACCUCACUGACCACGAAGCCUAAAGGUGGCCCCCAGCCCAGCCAGUCCCGUCCCGGUCAGUCCAGACCCUGGGUACCUCGCUAUUCGUACACGCCGCCGCCUUGUCUCCUGGGAGCAAAAGCCCGAACAACGAAACCUCCCCGACCUCAACCUACAGACUCCACCGUCAUCCACGAACCACCCUCACAAUACAGACAAUAAUCUCGCCCCUUCGUCGCCAAGAUGUGGAUUGUUGAUUGGUUCUACAACGUCCUCUCAAGCCUCGGCUUGCUCAACAAGCAUGCCAAGCUUCUCUUCCUCGGCCUCGACAAUGCCGGAAAGACCACCCUGCUGCACAUGCUGAAGGUACGAUCCGCCCGACACCCACCGGUUGCACCAUAUCGAUAUCACGAGCCUACCGGA